AUGUCUUCUAGAAAAAAAAAUAUUUUGAAAGUAAUCAUCCUAGGUGACUCUGGUGUUGGGAAGACCUCCUUGAUGCACCGUUAUGUCAAUGAUAAGUAUUCUCAACAGUAUAAAGCAACAAUUGGGGCUGACUUUUUAACAAAAGAGGUGACAGUUGACGGUGAUAAAGUUGCCACCAUGCAAGUUUGGGAUACUGCUGGACAGGAACGUUUCCAAUCACUGGGUGUUGCUUUCUAUAGAGGUGCAGAUUGUUGCGUUUUGGUCUACGAUGUGACCAAUGCCAGUUCCUUUGAGAAUAUUAAGUCUUGGCGAGAUGAAUUUCUAGUGCAUGCGAACGUAAACUCACCAGAAACAUUUCCAUUUGUUAUACUGGGAAAUAAAAUUGAUGCCGAAGAAUCUAAAAAAAUUGUAUCAGAAAAGUCCGCUCAGGAGCUUGCUAAAUCAUUAGGCGAUAUUCCUUUGUUUUUAACAAGUGCCAAAAACGCCAUAAACGUUGAUACCGCAUUUGAAGAAAUUGCAAGGAGUGCUUUACAACAGAAUCAAGCUGAUACAGAAGCCUUUGAAGAUGACUAUAAUGAUGCCAUCAAUAUUCGCCUAGAUGGAGAAAAUAAUUCUUGUAGCUGUUGA